CCUUUUCUCACUAGUCUCUGCUGCACAGCCUCUUAACUCUCAACCACAGCAUCAAUGGCGUGUGGAGUUCAAUACUCCAUUAACAAUAGCCUCCGUUUCUUCUCCUCCUCCCCAUUCUCUCUCAAUUUCCUAUCCACUGCAAGACCCCAUAAAAUUCGCUUCAGAAAUUCUAAGUAUUUCUCCAUUUCCAAGGACGCGCUGUACCGCACUUGUAGCGCCGCCAACACUUCAAAUACUGCCGAACGAUUCGUCCUCACCACUCCGCUUUAUUACGUCAAUGCCCCGCCGCAUAUGGGCAGCGCCUACACAACCAUUGCCGCCGACGCCAUCGCCCGUUUUCAGAGACUUUUAGGGAAGAAGGUCGUAUUUAUAACUGGCACAGACGAGCACGGGGAGAAGAUUGCUAAUGCUGCUGCUGGCAAUGGUUCGACUCCUAUCAAACAUUGUGAUUCUGUCUCACAAGCUUACGGGGCACUGUGGAGAGAGCUAGACAUAUCUUAUGACAAGUUCAUUCGUACAACCAAUCCCAACCAUGAAGCAAUUGUCAAGGAGUUCUAUUCUCGGGUUCUGGCAAAUGGUGAUAUCUACCGUGCUGACUAUGAGGGACUGUACUGUGUAAACUGUGAGGAGUAUAAGGAUGAGAAGGAGUUGUUGGAAAAUAAGUGUUGUCCUGUGCACCUCAAGCCAUGCCUUGACAGGAAGGAAGACAAUUACUUCUUUGCAUUGUCGAAGUAUCAAAAACAGCUGGAAGAGAUUUUGGAGGAGAACCCUGAUUUUGUACAACCCUCGUAUCGCUUACACGAGGUACAAGGUUGGGUCAAAAAUGGCUUGAGGGAUUUUUCCAUUUCUCGAACUUCAGUUGAUUGGGGCAUUCCAGUUCCUAGCGAUGCCAAGCAGACUAUAUAUGUAUGGUUUGAUGCUUUGUUGGGUUACAUAUCUGCUCUUUCAGAGGAAGAGGAGCAGCCUAGCUUACAAAAUGCAAUUUCCUCUGGUUGGCCUGCAUCACUGCACUUGAUUGGCAAGGACAUAUUACGGUUUCAUGCAGUUUACUGGCCAGCAAUGCUGAUGUCAGCUGGAGUAAGCCUCCCAAAGAAGGUUUUUGGUCAUGGAUUCUUGACAAAGGAUGGCUUGAAAAUGGGAAAGUCACUGGGGAAUACCCUUGAACCUACUGAUUUGGUGCAUAGAUUUGGACCUGAUGCAGUCAGGUAUUUCUUCCUUAAGGAGGUGGAAUUUGGUAAUGAUGGGGACUACUCAGAGGAGCGUUUCAUCAACAUAGUUAAUGCAAAUCUUGCAAACACCAUUGGUAAUCUUCUUAAUCGUACACUUGGACUUUUGAGGAAGAAUUGUCAAUCCACUAUUGCUGUUGAUUCAGCAAUUGCAGCAGAAGGAAACACACUCAAGGAUGCAGUGGAGAAGCUGGUUGAGAAAGCAAGACAGCACUAUGAGAAUCUUGAACUGUCAUCAGCUUGUGCGGCUGUGCUGGAGAUUGGUAGUGCUGGAAAUGUAUAUAUUGAUGAAAAAGCACCAUGGUCUCUUUUUAAGCAAGGGGAGUCUGGGUUCACAACUGCAUCCAAGGACCUUAUAAUUGUACUGGAAGCCAUGAGAAUUGUGGCAAUUGCUUUAUCCCCAAUUACUCCGAGUCUAUCUUCGAAAAUUUACACCCAGCUUGGUUACUCUGAGGACCAAUUCAGUUCCAUCACUUGGAGCGAAACCAGAUGGGGUGGGCUGAAGCAAGGCCAUGUCACAGCUCCGCCAAAACCUGUUUUCUCGAGAAUAGACCUUGAAACUGAGCCGACCAAUACAACCGAUGAUACUAAGAAAACCAGCAAGAAAAAAGAUAAGCAGAAGACCCAAAAGUUAAAUUAUAUAGGUGAUGGAGCACAAUCAUCAGAAGAAACUGUGGUGCUUGAAGUAGGAGCAUAAGCUGAACUCCCUGCUGCAGAGACUGGACCAGAAGCUGCUGCACCUGAACUCUGAAGCUGGAUGGCAGAACGCCGAGAGCUAGUUGUCUCAAACUUGCACAGGUCAGCAAGAAAGACCCCUAAAGGUUUGAAGGUGGUGCCUUACCUUCUGCUAGAGCCAAGUUUUGGUAGAGAUCAACAAUGUUUGGGCAGUUAUAGUAACACUGUGGAGAGCAGAGUUUAAGGGCGAAGCGAGUCUCGAGGAGCGAGUCGGAGGAGAUGCCGACAGACUUCCUCUCAAGCCCACAUGCGCUCACGCACUCGUCAGUCUCUAUGUAUGCUGGUGGCACAUUCAUGGCUAUGACCUCAGAAGUCUUGCACUGUAGCUCCACAUCCCCACCAUCCGUUUGGAGGGUUUCCAACACGCAUCUUCUCCCAGACGACGCAAUGGCAAAAGAGCACAUUCCAGAUGGCAAUUCCUCACACACAAGCUCCCCUACACAGAGAAUUCAAAAAUGAAACAAGGUAUAAAAUGUAUCAUGCAAAACAGGAAAGGAAAAGAAAGCUUUGCUCACCAGUACCAAGAGCUCCUUCAAGGACGAGAGCAAAGGCAAGGAAGGCUAUCAGGCGACUCAUUUUCUACGAAAGGAGAAGCAAUCGACUUGCUAAGAGAAAAAGGUACGUGCAAGAAACAAGAGAUGGAUAAUUUGCUGUGGUUGUGGAGAGCAAGUAGGGGGGAGAUGGGGGGUUUAUAUAGAGGAAGCUUGGCGUUGACAUCAAACGUCGAUGCUGGGAAUAAUUGGCGGUGAGUUUCUUCCAUAGUAUAUUAGUGAAGGUCGAGGCAAGACAUGGGUCGUCGUUGUAGAAAACAGUUAAUGCCACUUUUUUGUUUGAUGCUCUAUGUUUGUUGCUUUGCACAGCUGGUUCAAGUAGACUGUGUAGUGAAGAAUGAAUUCAUCGAAGUUGUUUGGUGGUAUAAGUGCCGGCUGCCCAUUCAAAUAUGCUUUGUAAGAGAGACAAGUGUAUUGCCUUUUGUGGUGGCGUUGUUAACAAAACAGGCCAAUAGCUUGCCCUCUGUUUUUUAUGUGAGAAUGCAGGGUGUGUAUUUAGAUAAAUAAAUAGGGGAAAUAGCAAAUAACAUCCCAAUGUUUAGUCAUAUCUCAAAACCAACAUUUUUGCAUGUUAUUACUUUAUUAUGAAGUACUACUAGUAUAAUAGAAACAUUGAACAUAUAGUUGUUACAUUUGAAAAGGUCGGACGCUUUUUACACAA